GCUAUCCUCCUGCUGCUACCCCUGCAGCAUCAGGCUAUCCUCCUGCUGCUACCCCUGCAGCAUCAGGCUAUCCUCCUGCUGCUACCCCUGCAGCAUCAGGCUAUCCUCCUGCUGCUACCCCUGCAGCAUCAGGCUAUCCUCCUGCUGCUACCCCUGCAGCAUCAGGCUAUCCUCCUGCUGCUACCCCUGCAGCAUCAGGCUAUUAUCCUGCUACCUCCACUGCUACAUCAGUCACUUCUCCCCCUGCCUCACAACUUGAUUUAGUCUACAUUACUCCUACAGUUAGUCACCCUGCAGCCAGUACUACUGCUGGACCGAUUUCAGUUCUUCCUGACAUGGCUCGUGUAUCCAGCCAACAGAUUCCCAUUCCCCCUGCUGAUGGUAGUGUCCAGUGGGCGCAGCCUCCACAGACCCCGACUAAUCUGCCUCACAUUCCCAUAGCAG